AGAGAAACAGACGCACUCUCCACCCAACCACCCCGCUUAGUGAUUCGCUAUUAAUACAGCUCUACGCAAAAUCACGCGGUAAUUUUGACGAGGAAUAGAGAAAGUAGCCAAAAGGUUUUCUCUUCUUUAGGGUUUCUGAUUUUCGUUAGCUCCUACUUGUGAUCGCAUGGAUAACACCACAAUGCAAGGUAGUGUGCUGGCAUUUACGGAUGAUGCAGUUCUAUCAGUCACUGCUGUUUCUACUGCUGUUGCUGAGCUUGGGAUUACAGGGGUUGAACAAUGCAAUCCUCAAAUUAUCACUCAAGCGUCUUCUUUGAAUCAGCUACCUGUGGAGGCUUCCUCUCUAGAUUAUGUUAUUUGUAUCUGGAGAUCAGCCGAAUUUCCCAGCGAUCGGUUGUUUGAGGAAGUCUCUAGAGUGUUGAAGCCUGCUGGCACAAUCUUAAUUCAUGGCACUUCUCAGUCUGUGGCAGGUGAAAUAGACAAGACAACCUCUACUCUUCAGCGCAAAUUACUUUUGGUGGGGUUCUUAGAAGUAGAAUUUCUUGAACAAAAAUCAAUGGUCAAGGCUAAGAAGCCUUCUUGGAAGAUUGGUUCCUCAUUUGCUAUCAAGAAGGCCACAAAAAGUUCACUUAAAGUCCAGAUCGAUGAUGAUUUGGACCUGAUAGAUGAAGAUAGCCUAUUAAGUGAAGAAGACUUGAAGAAACCACAAAUACCACUGGUUGAUGAUUGUGAAGUUGGAAGCACGAGGAAAGCUUGCAAAAACUGCACGUGUGGGAGGGCUGAAGUAGAGGAAAAAGUACAGAUAGGACCGACUGCGGAGCAGAUCAAUAAUCCUCAAUCAGCUUGUGGCAGUUGUGGACUCGGGGAUGCUUUUCGGUGCAGUACAUGCCCUUACAAGGGUCUUCCACCAUUCAAACUGGGCGAGAAGGUAUCACUAUCUGGGAACUUCCUUGCAGCAGACAUAUAAAGAUGACAGUUGCGGGGGGUUAUGUUAUUGUUAAUUGUGGUUUCAGAUACAAUCAAACAGUCUUGGAUAGGGUUUUUGAUUGCAUUUCUUGUUCCUGGCAGGGGUUCUAUCAUUCUUUAACUGCCCAAAAACUCUAGAUGUUGAGAUGCUAUCUCUUGUUUGGUUUUGAACUCUUGGAUGGUUUAAUUCCAGAGUAGAAAAAUGCAUGGCAUGGUGUGUUUCAUGAAUGACAACAGCCUGUUGGAAGAAA